ACUCUUUCCUAGCACUGCUUCUGUGAACAGGGAAAUAGAGUUUAAAAAACACAGCAAACCUGGAAUAAAGCGAAUUUAGUGGUAUAAGGAAUUACACAGUCUUGAUCAACUGACAAAAUAGUUAAAAAUCUAUUGCUGUUAAUACCAGAGAUAAUUAACAGCGUUUGCUUUACAAUUAUGCCGUUUUGUGGGUAGGCAUAGUUUCUGCAACAAGUAACUCUGAUCAUCUGGACACCUGCAUGAGAGAAACAGAUUCUGAAUCCCAGCUACCUCUUGAUUCCUCAACCAUGAAGUUUCCUGCCUUGCUUUUGGGAUUUGUCCUGGUGUGUAGUCUGGGCAUUGCUGGCUACAUCCAUACCAGGCGUAAGCAGGAACUGCAACUGAGCAAACAGGCAUCAUUUAUAGAUAUUAAAUUCAGAGUGACCAGAGAUGUGCUUGGAGAAUAUCAAGAUCAGUUGAUUCAGUUCAGCACACAAAUGGACAAGACUAAGACAGAGGUGGACAAUCUAACCAAAGACCUGGACCAAGCAAAGACAUCAGUAAAUAAGAAAAAGGCUGACAUUGACAACUGUAAAGGAGACAAGAAACGAUUGACUGAUGAAAUAGCAGCUGCAGUGUCAGAGGAAAAGCAUAAACAGGAUGAGUUUGUGAAAGUGAAGUCUCAAUGGACAACAGAAAUUGAUUCCCUACAUAAGCAAUUGGAGCAGGAUAGCACACUUUGCAAGUACAUUGACAAGGCGUCUGAAGAGGGAAAGAAACUGUGUAAAAUAAAAGACCCUCAAAAUGCAGAGCCAAAGCCUAAAGGACCAGAGGCAGAAAAUCCUAAGGCAGAGGAAGCGAAAGCUGCACCAAAAGUGGACGAACCCAAAGCUGCAAUACCAGUGGAACCCAAAGUUGAUCAGCCAAAACCUGAUGAAAAUCCAAAUGUUGCUGUGGAGUAAAAAAAUAAUAAAUAAAUAUAUAAGUUAAAGGAGCAUAUAUUGUUUUUUCAGGGAUUUAAAGAACAAUACUACAUCAGCGUCUACUGGACAAUUAUAUAGGAAGAUUAACUAAACUGGAACAUCUUGCUUGGGUUGAUCUUCAGCAUUCCGGUUUUUCACCUGAGCACACCCAAACUUUGAUCUGAGGUUUGACUGAUGACAUCACAUCAUACACCUGUUUUUUUUCCUGACAAAUAAAUAUUUAUGAGGAAAUUGUCUGCUUUACCCACAAUUAAAUUAUGAAAAUGAAAAGAAACUGUUUUUCUAUAAAAAAAAUUUUUGUUAAGGAAAAAUCUGUCAGGUGUCUUUUCUUUCAUUUGUGUUUGUUAUUUUAUAAUUUUGUUCUUUUUUGUCCAUUACAGUGACAUUUUAACCCUCCCUUAGGCUCACGCAUACAUUCCCUUUUUGUAUCGACCAAUGCAAAAGCUUUGACCCUCUUACUGUCACUCCUAAUCAUCCUCACUCUGUUGCUUCAGUUAUUGACAAAAACAAGUGCAACCAAUCAGAUGCUUCACUGGGAUGGAACACAGAAAUUCUAAGAGUUAUUUACUCUUCAGCCUCCUUUAUGUUAGUUUCAGUUUUUGCAGGAAAUACCUUGAUGUUAAAAUGAAGUUAGACAUUGGUUGGACACUUUUUAUUGUUUUCUUCAAUAAUUAAAUAUGUAAAUAAAUAAUUAAAUGUUUAUUUUCCAG